AUGACGACACCCGCCCGCCGAAGCCGUGCGCGUGGGGCGCAUGUGUUCCGUGAUGAGGUAGGUGCGGCGGACAACGAGGCAGCCGACACGUUUGAACUCCAAGAAGAAGCUGGGGCCGUGCAGGCCUUGUCCAAUGUUGCGGUAGCAGCAGGCUUUGACCCGUUUACGGCAGGUGAACGAAUGUGGAUCGCCGCCUCCAUAUUCAUGGUUUUUCUUCUUACCUGUUUUGGUGUAUACUUCAGCUUUGGCGUAGCAUCCACCUCGUCCUCGGCCUGA